AUGUCUUCUUCUUCCAAAGAUUCCGAGAUGAGUCAUUUACCGACAAAAGAUGCCGUCAAGCUUUGUCGUGAUACACAGGAUAUUGAUACAAUACUCGCUUUGACGAAUCAUGUUGACCCCGUGGUGAGACAAAGAGCAUUGAAAGAAAUUUGUCCGUGUCGAGUCAAGGAUGACAUUGAUCUUUUCUGGGCACGUGUGCUGGAAAUGAUCGAUGAUCCAGCAAGCAAUGUUCGAGAACAGGUGUUGCACACGUUGUGUGACGGUUCGCCCGAUCAUAUGGAGAUGCAAGUUUUGGCUGCAUUAGAAAUAUUCAAUCGUGAUCCGGAUGCGUACAUUCGGCGACGAGCACACAAAGUUCUCUCGGCCUACCGACGCUCGGGCAAAUGGAAUAUUCUUUAG